CUGCCAUUCGAACCUUCCAACGAGCGAUGUCGCAUACGGUCCACGUAGUUGCCAAAGAGGGCUUCGGCACGGGCACGAACGAACUCUACGACCGCGCGCGGCCGUCGUACCAGGCCAAUGCGCUCGCGCACAUCCGCAACUCCGUCCGGGGGUCGCCGCCCCUCAACAUAGUCGAAAUCGGCGCGGGCACUGGCAUCUUCACCCGCGCGCUGCUCGCGCACCCCGAUUGGGCGAACUCUAUCAAGGAGCUGCGCGCAAUUGAGCCCAGCGAGGGGAUGCGCAAGGUCUUCACGGAGACCGUCAACGAUCCGCGUGUCUCCGCCCAGGAGGGCACGUUCGACACCACCGGCAUCGAAGAUGGAUGGGCGGACCUCGUCGUCAUCGCGCAGGCGUUCCAUUGGUGCCCGGACUACGACAAGGCUGUCGCGGAAUUCGCGCGUGUGCUCAAGCCGGAGGGCAUCGUCGCGUUCAUAUGGAACCUUGAGGACCGCAACCGCGCGGAGUGGGUCGCCCAGCUGCGCGCCCGCUAUGAGAUACACGAAGGCGGCACGCCGCAAUUCCGUCUUGGGCUGUGGCGUGCGACGUUCGACACGCCCUCGUACGUCGCGAAUUUCGAGCCGAAGGAGGAGAACGUAUGGGACUACGUACUGCACGGCACGCGCGACAUCGUUAUCAACCGCGCGAACAGUAAGAGCUACAUCGCGGUGCUCGCCCCGGAGGACAAGAAGAAGCUCGAGGACGACAUCGACGCCAUUCUGCAGCGCAAGGACGGGAUUGUGUGGAUCGAUCAGGAGAAGGGCAUAUUUGAGUAUCCCUACCAGACGUUCCUCGUCAUCUCUAGGAAGAAGUAGAUGCGAUGGAGAGCCACAAGUAACUGUAGAAACGGAUAGGAGAAGUGUACCAUACGUAUCAAUCUGGGAACCACUAGCAUUUGUCAACUGCGCGCGGCGC